CGAUAACUGAAUUUUCUUAUAAACAUGUUUACAACGCUUCACAGCGAAGAUACGGAAUAUUCUGCAGAUUCUGUGGAGUGGCUGCAGGAUGAUCUGGAAACGGGCGUUUUUGCCUGUGGCACCUAUCAAUUGGUCCAGGAAGAGGUGGAGCCGGAGGAUGGGGCUUCUCCCAAGCGUCCACGUAAGGGCCGCGUUUAUUUGUACGAUUUCGGGAAAUCAAGCUCCAGCUUGGAGCGGCUGCAGGGCAUCGAAACGGCUGCCAUUCUGGACAUGAAGUGGCUGCCAGCCUGGAGCUCUGAUAGUAAUCCCUACCUCGCCACUGUCAACUCUUUGGGUCAGUUGGAAAUCUAUGAAUUCCUAAGAGGUGAAAAGAAGCUACAGAAACGCACGUGUUUUGGAUUGGCAGAGGAGACGCAAGAAGAAUCGCCUUUGGCUCUGGCCGUGGACUGGCGUAAGGAGGAACAGAACAUCCAACUGGCCAUCUCGGAUUCCAAAGGUGGCUUAAAUCUGCUAAAGUACUCGCCACAGGGUGAGGUAAUCCAGGAACGUUCGUGGUCAUCUCAUGGCUUUGAAGCCUGGACAUGCGCGUUUGAUCGCUGGUCAGAGAAUCUUUUGUACAGCGGUGGCGACGAUAUGCUUUUGAUGGCCCACGAUUUGCGGACGGAGCAGCGAGCCUGGACAAACAGGGCGCACAUGGCCGGAGUAACUUGUCUGCUCAGUCAUCCAAAGCAUGAAAACCAUCUUCUCACGGGCAGCUAUGAUGAGCAACUCCGUUUGUUCGAUACCCGAUCCAUGAAGCGAACUUUGUCGGAACUGGACUUGAGCGGGGGCAUCUGGCGGUUGAAACCGCAUCCUGCUCAUCCCGAUCUCAUCCUGGCCGCCUGCAUGUACACAAAUUUCAGUGUGGUCCAGAUAAAUGCAAAUGCACCCAGUUUAAGUUUACUGGGCGUCUAUGAGGAGCACAAAAGCAUCUGCUAUGGAGCCGAUUGGGCGCCUUUUCAAAAGAAGGAUGAUGACUCCUUGACCAUGGCCACUUGUUCCUUCUAUGAUCACAAGUUGUGUCUCAGUCGCGUUGAAAUAAGCAAAUAAAUUUUGACUUUUUGUACGUUAAAAUAAUUUAAGUAGUAGAUUUUUAC